GUGCCGAGAGCCUUCCCUUAGCGAACGCAACCUGUGAGUUUAUAUCCUAGCACGUUCUUCCAGCCUAAGUGAUCAGAAUGGCAGCUCUGGGGUUAGAGAUACUAGGGGUCACCCUGGCUGUGUUAGGUUGGAUUGUGGGCAUUGUGUCUUGCGCUUUACCCAUGUGGAGGGUCACGGCUUUCAUCGGGGUGAACAUCGUGACGGCGCAGACCAUAUGGGAAGGAAUCUGGAUGAGCUGUGUGGUGCAGAGCACUGGCCAGAUGCAGUGCAAAGUCUACGACUCAAUGCUGGCCCUCAGCUCAGACCUGCAGGCGGCCCGGGCACUGUGUGUGAUCGCCAUCGUGACGGGAGUGCUGGCGCUCCUGCUUUCUAUUUUAGGGGCCAAGUGCACUAAAUGCCUAGAGGAGGAGCGUGCCAAAGCCAGAGUUAUGAUCGCCGCUGGAGUCACCUUCAUCUGUGCUGCGGUCAUGCACUUGAUCCCCGUGUGUUGGUCUGCUCACAGUAUCAUCAGAGCCUUCUACAACCCCAUAAUCAUGGAGGCACAGAAAAGGGAGAUAGGUGCGUCUCUCUACCUGGGAUGGGCGUCCAGUGCCCUUCUGCUCCUCGGCGGGGGCCUUCUCUGCUGCAGCUGCCCCCCACAGGAGGAGAAUAGGUACGGUCCACCCAGCAGGAUGGUUUACUCCGUUGCACGCUCUGUUCCACCCAGUGGCUUCGACAAACAGAAUUAUGUGUGAACGAACGUACUCUCUUUGAACAGAAAAUGUGUUGACACAGGACAAGACAAUGUGCAGUGAGUUCUGUGGGUUUGCCAUUGGUGGUGUUACCCAGUUUUGAAGAAUUGCAAGUAUUACAUUAUGACUACUGAGCACAUCUAUAUAUAAAUAUGAUAAUGAUGUUGUAAUUGUUAGUAUUGUGUUUUUACUAAUAAUUAAUUAAAAAAUUCUCUUCAGUGUUUCAUUAUAUUUUUGCAAACAUUUCAGUACAUGUGUUUACAUGAUGUAUGAGCUCAUGUUCUCUUAAGACUUCUUUUCUAAGUGUGCCACUCUCUGUUGUUUGCUGCAGGGUGUUUUUUAUUAACCAAUAAAAACAGAAAAAUAGUUGGUAAAAAUAUAAAUGAAUUUAUAUAUAUAUAUAUAUUAUAUUUUUAUCUAUAUAUUUUAUCUAUAUGUUUUUUCUGGUUCUAACUAAAAUGCACUGAACAAACUGACUGUGCCAGUUGUCUAGUAUGAAACAGAACCUUUCAUAGCCUUAAUAAUGAGGUGAUGAGUUGAAUCGGCUGUCACUACCUUGUUAUUCACCUGUUUUCAAGAUCUAUUUGCUCUCUGCACAAGAAUCUUGUCUUUGCCAGGGCCCUAAUCUAACUGUUCAAGCGAUUCCCAGACAAUGGGCCUGUUUCAGGGAUGAAGAUGAGGCGCUGGGUCAUGGAAUGUAACAAACAUCUCUUUGUGCUUCUUACAUUUAAUAAUGGAUCUUUGAAACUCAAGAAUUCUUCAGUUGAGUAUUAUGCCAUCCAUAAAGUAUAAGACAGAGCUUCCUGUUGACAUGUCAAUAGUUAAACACUUAGUGGCAUGCCUCUACAAAUGAGUGAUCAUAGGGCAGCAACUGCAUGAAAGCAAACAGACAUCCAUAUUCUUUCCCUAUUUACCACUGUAUGCAUCAGGCAUUUUGUAGUGCUGUCCGAAUUCCAAGGGAACAGUUAAGUUUUAUUUCCUAUAUUUGUGCACUCUGAUUUUUGGGGUGCAACCUAUAUAGACUUGCAAGUGAUGUGUUGAAUCCAAUGCAAAGAGGACUGGCAAGUUUUAAAAGAAAUAUAUGCCUCUUUAUUUUACACUGACAGUCUUUCACUUGAUAACAGGAUAUUUCCCUAAUCUUUUUCUUGACGAAUUUACUGAGGUAAUGUAUUAUUGUUAUGGGAGGAAAUUUUAUUUUGUGGAUGAUUCAGUUAUUUCCUAUAUGUAACAUAUUUGUCUAAUCAUUGAAUGCUGUUAUAAGUGCUUCAUGGUCUGAUGUUCACUGACGUGCUAUAGCUACUUCUUGGUAAAUAAUGUUUUUAAAUACCAACAUAAUAAAUUCAAUCAUUCAAAUGUGUUGUUUUAUUAAUUAAUUUAUCAUAUUUUAAUAUUAUUAUAUCAUAUAAAACAUGACAAAACCGAACAAUUUAG